AGUUUGAGAAUUUUCUUACCAAGGGUGUUUCCGUAAUUUAACGAUAAAACCUCCUUGCUCUCUUUUCGUCCCUGAGCACAGUAAACAAAACCCUAAACUCCCUUUCUUCCUUCCUUGGCCAGUUCUCCGCCAUUAUUAAGGGAAGAUUCAGAAUUUUAGAUGGCGUAUAUACAAAAUGGUAGAAAUGCUCUCCGGCAAAUUAUUAUGGAAAUGAACCUCCAUAGCUCGGAUCGGAUGAUGAACCCUCUUCUCUUCGUUUCUCAAGGUGUUAGACACAGGAAAUUGGAAGUUAUACUAACCACAAACAUAGAAAAACUUGGCAAAGCUGGCGAGACUGUAAAAGUUGCUCCUGGGCAUUUUCGCAACCACUUGAUGCCCAAGUUACUGGCUGUUCCUAAUAUCGAAAAGUUUGCUUAUCUCAUUAGAGAACAACACAAGAUUUUCCCACCCGAGGAAGAAAAGGUGGAAGCGAAAGUUAAUAUGUCGGAGGAAGAUAAGAUGAAAGAAUAUGAGAAGGCGGCUGAGCGCCUGGAUAGCACUCGAUUGGUACUGCGGAGAUUGAUCAAUAUUGAGAAGUUCCGUUCUCGCUCGACAAAAGAUGAGCCUAUAGAAUUGCAAUCAGCCGUGACCAAAGAUGACAUUGUAACUGAGGUAGCAAGGCAGCUUAGCGUGCAGAUAGCUCAUGAAAACCUGCAUCUACCGUCGCCUUUGUCAACUGUAGGAGAGUAUGAGGUGCCACUGCGCUUUCCCAAGUCCAUCCCAUUGCCUCCUGGCAAGGUCAAGUGGACUCUUAAUGUUAAAGUCCGGACCAAAUAAACAAGUGGUCGCUUUAUUUAGUACUUUGUCUUGAAUGGCAGUUUUGGCCUUUUCAUAAUUUGGCAAUUCUUGUAGCAAGGAAAUUGACAUUUCUCAUUUAAAUCCUUGAUUUUGGGAUGUGGUUCUCUCAGAUUACUUGGGUUUUUGUUUUCAAAGUCUAUUUUCAUAAUAAAAGAAAAGAAAAAAAAUAGGAU